UCGUUCCAAAAUCAAUCACUUUGAAACAAGUUUAAAUUUCUUGAAACCCAGAUUCUUAGGAGUGAUAAGACCCUGUGAAUGAACGUGGCUACUACUGUUUCCUCUUUAUUCUCUCUCUUCUCAUCUGAAAUUGCCAUAAUAAUGAUGAUAUAUAACAAAGCAUAGAAGGAAAAAGAAGGGAAGAGAAGAGAAGAGUCCAUGGAGAGAUCAUUAGAAGAAGAAGAAAGUGGAGACGAACUGCAGAAGCAGUUGAAGCAUCUGGAGGAGGACUGGAACUCCUUAAAGCAAUCCAAUCCAGGGAGACUCCAAGUCCAACAUUGUUGGGCCACGCCUCACAGUAGUGUGAGAUCCGCUGCUGCUGCUAGUGCUAGCAUUCUGGAGCUCUUGGGGGACAAGUCACCGAGGGAUCUCAUUUAUUCUCUUGAGCAGAUCAGACAUCUUCAGGAGGAUGAGAGUGGUGGAGUAUGGAAGGUGAGGAACAAUGAUUUAGUAGUGGAGGAGAUACUCAGGGAUAGGAGGGCAGCCAUUGAGAGUGGUAAGUUGAAGGGGAGAAAGCUCUUUGACUUCGACUUGGAUAUCCUGCAGGAUGGUUCCAUUAGAGAUUUGGAUAUCAAUAACAGGUGGGGAUCAGAGGAUAGGUGUAGUGGCCGCUCUUCUGUUUUGAUUCAAGGCAGUGAAGUCAGAUCCAUGGGCUCUUCUUCUUCUUCUGAUACUGAUGAGGAUGAUGGUGGAACCCAUGGUCUCUAUCAUCAUUCUUCAUCUUCUUCUGUAUCUGCAAUGAAGGUAGAGAGUGACAAAGUGGUGACAAGUCUUGAUGAGAAGAGACUUAUAUGGAAAGGUGGUGGUGGGGGUAGGGAGAGAGCGAUGGUACUGAUGAUGUUUUACCUUGCUAUUUUCGUUAUAAUAUUUGUCCUGGGCAUCAUCUCAUUGAAAAGCUUUGAAGGAUUUGGAGAUCAGCAAUCUUCUUUUGAUAAUUUGAUCCCUACAUAAGCAUCAUCUCCCACACCCUCCUUAGAGUUCUCUCUAGAGGGUCAUGAACACACACAAACACCCACAUUCAGCUUCCAUUUCUAGGUUGGUCCUUUCCUCUCUCAAAAACUAAUUAUCUUCUUGUGUUUUAUCAGAUUAAGGUGUUUGAUGGUGUAAUUCUCAACUAUGAUGACUCCUUAUAUGGUAGAUAUUUGGUAUCAUAUUUAAAUAUAUUGAAGUUUUGAGUUUUA